UGACAGAUGCCCUAACCCAGCGACACCGAUAAAUCAGAAUCUGUGGGGUGUAAAAGCUGGACUAAAGCGCCCCAGGUGUUACUCUGUGCCCCAGGGUUGAGAACCGUUCUUAUUUAGUUCCUGAUUUUGACCCCCACGGGGACCCUCAUUUGGACCACCUGGGCCAGGGCCCCCCCUUCCACGAACCUGCUUCACCUCCCUCACGGGUUCAGCAUGGGGGAGAAGUCAGAAAACUGUAGGGUUCCAGAGGACCUGUUCAGUGGUUUGCAAGUUUCAGAUCCCCAGGAAGCACAAUGUGCUGGUCCUUCAGUUUCUCAUCCCAAAGAUCACCAGCCCCAGAACAAGCUGCCGGAGGAUGUUGAGGCCCACCCCCAGGAGGACCAGGGCGAAGAGGAGCACUUUCACGACUGCAGUGCCUCAUUUGAGAAGGAGGAACCAGGAGUGGACAAGGUUGAGAACAAACCUGAUGAUGAUGUGAAUUCCUCCGAACUCGACGAAGAAUACCUAAUCGAACUGGAAAAAAACAUGCCAGAUGAAGAGAAACAGAAAAGAAGAGAAGAGAGCACUAGACUGAAGGAGGAGGGCAAUGAGCAAUUUAAGAAAGGAGAUUACAUAGAAGCUGAACGUUCUUACAGCCAUGCCCUUCAAAUGUGCCCAUCCUGCUUCCAGAAAGACAGGUCAAUUCUGUUUUCAAAUAGAGCUGCUGCAAGGAUGAAACAGGACAAGAAAGAGAUGGCCAUCAGUGACUGCAGCAAAGCCAUUCAGCUAAACCCCAGUUACAUCAGGGCCCUGCUGAGGAGAGCGGAGCUAUAUGAGAGCACCGACAAGCUCGAUGAAGCCCUGGAAGACUACAAGACCAUUCUAGAAAAAGACCCAUCAGUGCACCAAGCCAGGGAAGCUUGUAUGAGAUUACCUAAGCAAAUUGAAGAACGAAAUGAAAGACUGAAGGAAGAGAUGUUAGGUAAACUAAAAGAUCUUGGGAACUUGGUUCUCCGACCUUUUGGACUCUCCACAGAAAAUUUCCAGAUCAAACAGGAUUCCUCUACUGGCUCCUACUCCAUCAAUUUUGUUCAAAACCCAAAUAAUAACAGAUAACAGAGAUAACAGUAACUUUUAAAGCUGGCUAGUAAAUUGUGUGCUGCUUGCUGGUAGCAAGGGGAAAGGCCCUGCCAAUGUUUACGUUCUAAAAGCAUCUUAUCUCAAAGGCCAUCCAGUAGAGCCCAGUGCACCCUUAUGUUUUGUGAUCAGGGUGAAAUGUACGUCCUGAUGUAAUGAACCUAAUCUGAUUUCCAUUUUAAGUUGGUGUCUGUGCAGCUCUUGUCCCUGGUUCUAGCUGUCCUUUGUGUUGUCCAGGAGGAGCCUGUUAAGGCUGACCUCCGGAGCCAUACAAACAGAGAAGCCCAGACGCCAGCUCUCCUGGACCCAGCAAACCUGGUCAGAGACUGCCCAGACAUGACUGAUGGGGGUCCUGCCUACUGCCCUCUCCCAGUCACACGCACUGCCCAGGCUGCCAGGCGUGGGCUCCUGAUUUCCUCUGUGGUAAUAAAUGCUUUCUGUGACAGUCUGCGCCUGUGAAUUUUGUCCCCAUGACAGCUGAAGCAGGAGGCUUCUCUGGCUUUGGGAGCAGUGUUCAGGCAACAUCAUUGUUACUGGACUCCACAGAUUUGCCCUAAGUCUUAGGGACCACCUUGAGGAUGACCUUGAAAGAGUUGACCAUUCUACCCUGUACUUGACUUCAGAAACCUCGAGCGUUGGCCCUUCCCAGGUUUCCAGAUAUUAUGAAAUCAUUUUUUUUUGACCAAGCAUCUCUUAUUUUCAACUUAAAAUAGCUUCAUUCAGGAAUGGUGAUAUGUGAAUCCCAGAAUAAAAUAUUCUUUUAGACUACG